GAAGCAUAAACAGGACGACGACUAUUGAGAGGUAUGAUAUAAAUGGAAACUGUUCUACCAUUGCAACAAUGAGAAGCUUUCUAACAUCGAGAUCCUUAAGCCUGGCGUUAACGAGAGCGACGUCGGAACGAAACCCCGCAACCAGUAUCUCGAUCAGUCACACAUGGGUCGCAAGAAGAGGCGUGGCAGGGGGCGUGGCAGGGGGCGUGGCAGGGGGCGUGGUCAAGGGGAGGAGCGAGAGGAUUAAAUGGCUCUGGGAAGCGGAUGCCAGCGAGGUGACGAUCGCUGUUGGACACACCUUCUGCAGCAGAAUGACGGGAGGAAUCUACACUCUGAACACGAAGAAGCCCUUGCGUCCUGAACACUUGGAGAAAGCGCUGGUCCACUUGCAGAGACAAACCCAAGCACUUCGCGGUGUCAUAAAAGAAAAAGACGGAAAAUACUGGAUUUGUGAAAGUGACCAAGAGCAGAUAAACUUCAAGGUGUUACAAGGAGGUGACAUUCCGGAGGAGCUGUGGCGCUUCACCAACACGCCCGUCGGGUACGACCAGGCCCCCCUGUGGCGCGCCGUCUUCAUGCCUGACGCUGACAGCAACGUCAGUGUUGCCAGGCCUACCCACCUGAAGGAGGUCCGGGAGCAGUUCCCUCAUCAGAGUCACCUCGUCAUGCCCGUCCACCACUCCUUCAUCGGCGGCCCAACGAUGGUUUUGAUCACACAGAGGCUUGUGGAGCUCCUUAAUGACGUCAUCGCAGGCCGCCCCGUCGACGACUCGCGGCAGAUCGGGGAGCUGGUGCCGUCGACGGAGAUCGACGCGGCGAAGCGCAGGAUCCGCGCGGAGUUCGAGAGGGACCCGGCACGUCUGGAGGCCAUGAAGGAGGAGCUGCUGGCCUGCGACUCCGAGCCGAUCCUCCUGAAGGCGUUUCCGAGGCCUGGGGGCGCCCCCGCCUCCGGCCACGUCUUCAGGGACGUCAGCCCGACGCUCCUGCGGAAGUUCACUGCCAAGUGCAAGUCCGAGGGCGUGACGUUCAACAGCGGCCUGCAGGCGGCCAUCAACACGGCGCUGGUGGAGACUGUGGCGGAGGCCGGCCUGCAGCAGGACGCCUUCAGCCUCAGCAUCAAUCUCGCCACCGACGUCCGCCGCUACAUGAGCAGGAACCCGCUGGCGGUGCUGGGCCUGCACGUGCGCCCUACUGUGCACCGCGUGGUCACCCCCGCACGCGUGCGCGACCACUUCUGGCACUAUUGCAGGGCCUUGCACGGCUCCCUGGCGGACCUGAUCCGCUCCGGCCUGGCGCUGCAGCAGGAGGUGGUGCGUGAGAUGACGCAGCCGCCCGUCGACCCGCACCGCUACUUCGCGACGCCCCCGCCAGUGCUCAGGGACUACGGCCUCACCAACCUAGGCGACCUUACCUCGCUGCUCAAGGGAGAGGGCGAGCACCUCCAGCUGACGGACAUCCUCAUGGCUUCCGCUGUGCACCGCUUCCUCUACAUGAUGCUUCAUCAGAUCUACACAUUUCGCGGUCGCUGUCCUUACUCCGUCAGCUACGAUGCGUCCUACAUGACUCACGACACAGCCUCCUUGAUUGCAGACAAAGUGUUAGCCACGAUCGCGGACGUUAGCAAAUAACCGACUGUCUCAUUCCUCUCUUUCUCUUCUCCACUCACUCUUCUUUUACUCCGAUCAGUGUCCAAUUUUCUAUGACGAACGGUAAUGUUAUAAAUAACAACCGAGAUUUACAUUCAUGAAACUAUUUUAUCAUUGAAUGCAACAUUUUCAUCACUACUAUUCUUUCAUAAACAAGACAUACGUUUCAAAAACAAGAACGUAAAAGUAAGAUUGUACAAAAAAAGAUAAGUGCAACUUAGCUUCAAGUAAAAUUAUUUGCAAUUGCUGUGAUUAUCAGUAACUAGCUAGUAUUGUUCACCCUCUCUCUUCCUUAUCCUUCCCUCCUCUCUUUCCUCAUUGAUUCUUGCAAAUGAUUUGACAAAGUGUCGUCUUCCAGCCUUUGUAAAAGAGCAAUAAUUGGAUCCAGUUAUCAGUAGAAUCAAGGUACUUCAAGGCAGCACCACUUUCAUUUCGCCCAGUGGGUCUCACCCUCUUUACUACCUCGGUCUAGGAAUUUGUCCUUCCCUCCAUACCCCCUUGCAUCUAUGAAUAAAAUUCCCUCCCAGACUUUAACGAAAAUUGUAAAUGUGUUCUUUGUAUUUUUAUUCAGUACGGAUUAGUCACAUUAUUAUUAAUCUUCUCAUUAUUUGACCAUUCCCUCGUUACGAUGAUAAUAACUAUAAGUAGAGAAAUUCCUACUUUUUUCCCAAGGGAUUAUUCAUCUAACUAUAUCUGGUACCUCAAUGAUGACGUCAUUUAGCUCCGCCCCUUUUCACUCCUGUCAGUCUGUGCGAUAUAUUAUGAGAUGUAUUUUAUGAGUAUAUUUUCUUUCAAGAUAGUUCAUUAACGACAAUGGUAAGAACGAUCGAAAAAACACGAUAUUUGCAAUAAAUGAUGGGGCAAGGCAGGGCUUGGCAAUUGCUAACUAGGAUUUUCAUCAAAACAAGUGGUUCUACCUCUCUUAUAGGUACCUUGAGUAGAACGAUUUUUUUGUGGUACUUUGAAGCCAAAUUCUGCACUGUGAGCUAUGCAAAAUAAAGAAUUAACAUCCAUA